ACUGUUUUGCUUGGAGAAUCAGAGGGAAAAGAGUAAGAGAAAGAAGCAGCAGAAUAAGAAAUACGCUACUAAUGUGUUUGGGAGGAAACAUGUUGAGGAGCGAGUGAGUUUUUUUUACCCUUGUUUUGUUAGUAGCCCACAGCUUUUUACAUAAAUAUAAAUACAUGAGCUGUGGGUUGUGGUUGCGUUUUUCUUUUCUUUUUUUCUUAAGAAAAAAUGACUGUUGUAAUGUAUCCUAUAUAUUUUUUUCUGUGUAACAUCACAAAAAAUGUGAACAUUCUGUGUGAAUAUCACAUUAGCUCCGCUCGUCCGUCCCGCCGCGCGCAUGCGCGUCCUCCUCGUCUCGCGGGUGCGCGCUGAGCUGCGGCGCGUCUGAGGAUUAUUCAUCAACGCUCUGAAACUUUGGCAUUAUUCCGUGUUUGAGGACUCGUGUCACAUUGUGAAAAGAAAAUACUGACUGAUGGGCGGCUAAAUGGAUUGAGACGGCCUGGCGAGAGAAAGAAUAAGAGAAGUGGCAGAGAGAGAGCGAGGACGAAUAAUCCCGCUAAUCCAGGCCAAUCCCAGCCGCUCAAACUCCUUUGGAGCCACAGACAAAACACAGUGGAUCACACGCGAAACUGAUGCGCUUUAGACCGGGUGUUUUGGGGGAAUCUGGGACGCUGAAAACUUGUGGUGGGAUUCUUAAAACACUGAAACAACGGAUCAGAGCGACGGUGGAAGACAGGUGGGCCGAGACUGAAGGAAAAGGCCGGUGCUGGAAGUCAGGAAUCUUACAGAAAGCCAAAUCUUUGAAGAAACAGCAAUCAUUUUAUAAUGUGGAUGUGCACUCAGGUGCAAAUGCAGAUUUUAAAAGGGAUAUAAAAGACGUGAUUAAGGAGUGAAACAGAUGUUUGGAAGAAGUUCUGCAUCAUGUAAAUCCGAACGUAUCUGGAGUUUUUUAAAAGCAUUGUGACACUUUUUUGAAGACAUUUUGUGUAAGAAACGUCAUUUUUUCCACGAUCGGAGAGAGUGUGGGGUUUUGUGCUCGCUGGAAGGUGUUUAAACUCUUCGUAAAUCCUAUUAGGCUUCUUUACCAGGUUAUUUUUAAACUCCAGGUCGGGAUGGGCAGCAGCUCACGGACUGAUGGCGCUCAUACAGUACAGUAUGAACGUGUGUCUCUCUAUGAAUAUUUGUAAACAUAGUUCAUAUUAGAUGUGUAGAUGUGAUGUUAAUCAGUAUCUAGAUGGUGCUUGUAUCCACAGCAGCUGAGUUUGUCAAAAUGACACUCCUAAAAACUGCUUUCAAUGACAUUUUUUGCAGAAUAUUAUAAUCAAACUGAGCAUUUUUGUGUUUUUGUUGCCCAUCUUGAAGUUGGAAUCUGAUCAAGUCUCAGAAAAACACUUCAAUUAUCUUAAACUGCUGUUUUGUUUAAUUAUUAAUGGCUAAAUCUUUACAUUUAUGCUUAUAGCAUUAGAAAGUUUAUUUUAGCAUUUUCUGACAUUUUUUGACAAUUUGUUUCUGGAUCUCUUUAAUGAUUAUCUGACAUUAAUUUAGCAUUUAUUCAACUGGAUUUAUCCAGGUAUUUGAUUGAUUCAUUAAACUAGCACUAGGAAUUUUCUUUUUAGUAUUUUUUGACAUGUUUUCCCACCAUUUUUUCUCUCUCAAUCUCUUUUAAUGAUUAUUUCACAUUAGUUUAGCUGCAUUUAGAGAAUUAGUUUUUUUUUUUUUUUUUUUUUUGUCUUUCUGGUCAGUUUUAAAAAUGAUUUAACAUUUAGCAUUUAUUAAGCUUCAUUUAUCUAGGCAUUAUCUGGGCUGUUCUCAUUUUCAGUUUUUUUCUGUUUUCAUGUUUUUUCACCAGUUUUUUCUUUCUUGGUCUGACAUUAUUUAGCAUUUAUUAUGCUUCAUUUCUCUCUGUGUUUGAUUGGUUCUUUACACUAGCAUUAGGCUUAAUUUUGGAAAUUUUCUAAUGCCUUCCAUUUUUCCACCAGUGAUUAUUUUUGGGAUCUCUUUUAAUAUUUAAUUGACAUAUCAAUUGACUUUUUAUUUUGCUGCAUUUACAUCCAAACUCUAUUUAUAUUUGAGGAGCACUUCAUCAUCAACAACUAGCAGACAUUUUGGAUCUUCUUUAAGGAUCAUUUAAGGAUCACAUAUUCCUCGUCAUGAGUCUGGGAAAGCUGCCGGCGAUCAAAGGCCUGGUGUCCACGUCUCACGGCAAACGCCGGUUUAAGAGCGACCUGUCGGUGGACAUGAUCAGCCCGCCCCUCGGCGACUUCCGCCACACGAUGCACGUGGGCCGUGGUGGAGAUGUCUUCGGUGACACAUCGUUUCUGAGCAACUACGGUGGUUCGGCUAACAACGAUGGCAUACGUUACCCAGAGUCGCCCUCUGGCUCCAGAACGACGCGUUUUUUGUCGCGAACUCUGCAGCACGUACGGAAACCCCCUAUGCCCCGGCUGAGAGGAGGGUCACGUGACUUAUCGUCCCCUCCACCGCCCAUCUCGCCCAUCAUUAAAAACGCCAUCUCGCUGCCUCAGCUGAACAUGAACAACGGCGGCCUAAUGAGGGCGCUGCUGCCCACCUCCACCAGCUCACCGGACGAGCCGCUCUGCUCCUACGGCCUUCGGUCUGGUUUCGUCACGCUGCCUCGUUUAUCACGACUGGACCAAAGCUUUGCAGAAACGUCUGAACUGCUCAACGCAGACAGUCGACGGAGUUCCCUACCGGAGAACAGCGAUGUAUCAAUGACACGAUCUGAUUCGCUCUCGUCCUUCACGGUGGACCUCGGCCCCUCCCUCAUGAGUGAGGUUCUGGAGCUGAUCGACAGCUCCUGCUGCCUUAUUACGAGCCGUCAGGAGGCAGGAGAGGAGGAGGAAGAGGAGGAGCCGAGCUCUGUGUCUGAGACGGAUCAUAAUCGGCAGACAGCGGAUGCUUCAGUCAGGCCUCCGACCAGAGCAGACGUAAGCAUCGAGCCCAAGAGGUUCCAACACGCUGCUAGCAUGCUAGCACGUCACUUUGGAGGAGGAAGACCUGGAGAGGAGAGGCAGAGACCUUCAUCUUUCAGGCACACAAGGACACCAUACAGCUUUACUGAGGCAGAGGAAGAAAUCAAAGUAUAAACAUCAUAAAAUGCAGUUAGGAUAUUAAAAACCUGUUAGAUUUAGUUUUUGAUAUAAUCUUUCAUUUUAAGUCCAUAUAAACAUUAAAAUAUUUUGGAAUCAAGAAUCUUGGACAAAUUUAAAGGACCUGCUAUAAAGUCUGUGCUUGACCAGAGAGCUGUCUGGAGCCUUUCUGUACAGACAAGCAUCAUUCAGAUAAACAAACUUUCAGCUGUAAAUGUCUUUAUUUGUCACUUAAACUUGAAAUCAAAUGUAUUCGAUGAACCUGUACAUAUAUUCACAUGUACGUUUACAUUCGUGUGUGUAUAUGCACCUAGUAAAAGGCAAUUACCAGUACUAGUAGCCACUAGAGUUCAUUAAACAUUGAUUUAUAUCUGUCUGGUAAAGCCACAAAGAAGAUUAUAUAAUCAUUAUAUUUUAUUUUCAUUAUGACAUUCAUAUAUUAAAAGAAAAAAAUCUUUCAUGAACUCUAACAUAAUCAUAUGUCCAGUAUUUUACUUACAGCUGAUGGGAUUAAUAUGUAUUUCAGUGCAAAUAUGUGUAAUUUAUAUCAAUCACAUGAAUGAAUAACGUUCAUAAUUGCAGAAUAUAGUCCAGCUGAACAUGAUAACAUGAUGACACCGGACAAUAGAGUGUGGGAGAGAGUGGUAUAAAUAGCAUCCUUGGUUGCAUAGUGACUGGUGAAAACAAUCAAUAUUCAGGCGACUGUGAAUGGAGAGGAGGAGCUGAGGGAUCUGGCACGCUUGUUCAAUUUGGACACUAAAAAGGGGUUUCCCAGCUAACAGGGAACGUUCUCAUAACUUUGGCUAACAUUCUGGCAAGGUUCUCUUAAAGUUAUGAACAAACAUUCUUCCAGUAACAUUAAUAGAAAGUUUGUUCAAUGUUAUCUGGUCUUUAAUAAUGUUCUCAAAAGUUUGCUGUUUUAAAAGAACAUCCUUGGAACGUGGGAAAGUUUUGUAGCCUGUCCCAUAGAUAUUGUUUCUGACUUUUCUCUUAAAUUUAUGUAAAGGUUAUGCAAGUGUUAAAAUUAAACUUUUUUAAAACAAUGUUCAUGAAAUCACUAUAUAUUGUCUUUAGUAUGUGAUGAAUGUUCUCAUAAUGUUGGCAGAAAACAUUCUUUGAACAACAUUCUUGUCCUUUAAAUAUCAUGGAUCACUAACUUUCUAGCUUAAAAAAUGGGUUAGAUAUGGAUGUUACACUGCAAAAUUCCUAGUGUUUCAUGAACACUGCUCAGUGUUCAUAUGUGUCCACACUAGAGAGUGUUAAACUGAAGCAGUGUUGGAGUUGAAUGAAAUAAAUGGUAACCCUUUACAAUAAGGUUCAUUAGUUAACUACAUUAGUUAACAUUAACUAUAAUGAACUGCACUUAUACAGCAUUUAUUCAUUUUUUGUUAAUGUUAAUUUCAACAUUUACAAAUACAUUUUAAAAAAUCUUGUUAACAUUAGUUAAUGCACUGUGAACUAACACGAACAAACAAUGAACAGCUGUAUUUUUAUUAACUAAUGUUAACGAAGAUAAGCAAAUACAGUAACAAAUGUAUUGCUCAUGGUUAGUUAAUACAUUAACUAAUGUUUAACUAAUGAACCUUAUUGUAAAGUGUUACUAAAUAAAUAAGUGAUGAUUGAGCAUUAGUGAUGACACACUGAAGGAAAGAGGAACAAGCAUUUGAUCAGUGUGUCAAGUAGUUGGCCUUGGACCCUUGAUUGAUUUAUUAGUUUUUCUCUGGCUGAUUCGGCAGUGUGUUCACAAGACACGUUUAUUGUUUCAGAGGAAGUUGAGACAGAAUAACAUCAAGUGAUAUUGGCUGUUAAUUAAUGUCACUGUGAAGUGGUCUGACUGACUGUUCACAUCUGAAGUCUAAUCAUUGUUUGGAUGUGCGUUUUGUUAUUAAAGCUGCAGUCCGUAACUUUUUUUGGUUAAAAAUGAUCCAAAAUCAAUUUUUGAGCAAGUACAUAACCAGCCAGUGUUCAAAACUAUCUCCUCACCUUAGCUCGAUUCACAACAGUAAGCUUGUAAUAAUGUUUUAUAAUAAAUCAAUACUGGUGGAUUUCGGCAGGAAAUUGAAGCAUGCAGCCGUUCGUCUUUGCGUCAUUACGUCACAUCUGUAAACAGAAAGGAAGGAGUCCCAGCUAGUAGACUAUGCAUAUAGGAUACUGCGGGUAGCGGAUCAUUUAUAGCCUUUUCUCACAGCAUUUGCAAUAAUUAAAUGUAUCAUUUUAAUGGCGGAUUGUAAUCCAGAAAGGUCCAAAAGACAAUCAUCAGUGAUAACUGGAGUUUCAGCUGUGGUCAAAAAGCAAAAGACUUCGGAAAAUGGAGUGGCUACAGAAAUUGAAAUUAAUGCUAAUACACACUAAAUACACAUAGUCAUGCAAUGCUGAUGUUGUUAACAUUAACAAUUUGAGAUCAAAGAAUAACAACAAUAAUAAUUUGCAUGGUUUGACAUGAUCUGAGCUAAGCGAUCGUUAGAUUUAAUCAUCACUGGCAGCAUGAUUUAUUGUAGGCCUAAUGCUUUUCCCCUCAGUUGGUCAGAACAAAAGUGGCAGACAUGUUACUUACUUGUUCAGAUGACAUUUUUCAGUGAAAAUUCUUAUUUUGGUCAUACUUCAGAACUACAAUCUGUGAUUCCAAAGUACAGUACCCACUGGUAUGGUGACUGACAGCAAACAUUAGAUUAAUCCGCGCUGAGGAGUCAACUGCAAAUGCAGGUUUCAAACAGAGAUGGCGACCUAGAGGCUAAUCUUACAGACAGCAGCUUUAAUUUUGUUGAAUAUUGUGUUAAUGUCUGUGUGAUACUACUAUGACAAUCAGAUGUUCUGAAAAAAUAUGAAAAAAAUAUUGUGAGCAUUAUUAACUAAAGUGCAAUUUAGAAACUCACAGACAUCAACAAUCAGCAUGUGAAACUCAACAAUGGUGACAUGCUUCAUGCCACCAUACAAAACUCAUUCAUGGCUCCCAGCAUGCAUUGCGCCAUGAAUAUAUUAUGCAGCUGAAUUCUUUUACUAUUUAGAUUUUAAUAUUUUUUAAUUCUCACCAUUGUUGAGGUUUGUAUGAUGAUUGUUGAUGUCUAAGUGUGAAAACUUUUGUACAUGUUUAAAAAAAAAAUAAAGUCAAUCUGGUUAGUAAUAAGUGAAGCUGGUAAUGCUGCUUGUGGAGUUGUUUAAUCCUCCCCCACUGAGAUCUUGAGAUUUAGUGUCUUCUUUUAUCUUCAGUUGGUUUCAUCUAAGGCUGUGGCAGAAGAAAAUUGUGAAAGUUGUAGUUUCUGUUCUUGUUGUUUCUCUUUCCUUCAGUGCUUCUGCUUGCUGAAUGUUUCAGGAACAUCAUACUAACCUUUAAAUGAUGUUCAAUUAACAAUAAACUGGGCAUUUUCAUGUUCUUGGAUUGUUACAAAUCAACAUUCCUUUAAUUUUGUUAGUAAAAAUUAAGUUGAAAGAAUGUUUCAGGAACAUAAAUCGAACCCUAACAUCAAGAAAGCUGGACAUUUUAACAUUUUCAUGACCAAAACUGUACGUUUGGAAAAUAAAACAUUUGUAGUCUGGGUUAGCUGCUUCCAAUGCUGUCAGCCUGUUUUCACUUCCGUGAUCACUGAUGACUCAGACGAAGAUCAUUCGAGGAUUUUUCCACUGAUAUAUUACUAACUUAAUAGUACAUUUUGUCAUGAAAUAAAAUUUAUUUUAAAGGGUUAGUUCACCCAGGUUAGUUUAAAGGGUUAGUUCUGUCAUUAAUUACCCUUAUGUUGUUCCACACCCGUAAGACCUUUGUUCAUCUUCAGAACACAAAUUAAGAUAAUUUUUAAUGAAAUCCGAGAGGUGUAUGUCUCAUCCAUAGACAGUAAUUUAACCACCACUUUCAAGGUCCAGAAAGGUUCUAAAGACAUUGUUAAAAUAGUCGACAUGACUGCGGUGGUUAAACCUUAAUUUUAUGAAGCGACAAGAAUACUUUUUGUGCACAAAAACAAAACAAAAAUAAUGAGUUAUGUGUUUUUGGAAAAUAGUGAUCAUUUCAUUUUGAAUUUCAUUUAAAUUUCAAUUUUUUUUAUUUUAUUGAAAGAGCUGUUAAUGUUUCAUCAGAACUGAAAAACUGGAUGGAGCCCAAGUGCAGAUACCACAUUUCAUUAUCUCAGUAUCAUACUUUGGUAUCAAAAGGUGAUUCUUUAUUUGAGCAUAGACAAAACCACACAAAUUAAAAAUUAAAAAAAGAUUAAGGAACAACACUUAGGCUGUCAGGCUGCGUUCACGCAGGAAGACGAAGGAGAACAUGUAAAUAUCAAAAAUCCAAGUUUAAUCCAAAAGGCAGGCAGGCAGGAAACAACACAACAUAGGAAGACAGUUUACGGACAAUGAACAGAACUGAAACAGGAACUUAUAUACACACAGGGGAAUUAAAUGAUUAUGUGCAGCUGUGAAGAUGAUUAGUGUCCAUAGUAACAAAUGAAUGUGUGCAGGUGAGGAGCAGGAGGGAUGCUGGGAAAUGGAGUGUUAGUGCUGGUGACUGUGACAAGCGAAAGGGACAGUCAUUUAUUACAAAUAGUGUGUAAUAUUUGAUUGAGCACUAAACUGUAGAGAAAUGAACAGCUAAAUACACAAUCUAAUGAGACAGGUAAACUGAGUGGCAUGUAAGGUUGUAGAGCUUGGAGGAAGGCUCUUGUGACAUCUGGUGGACAAAUAUUCACAAACAAAAUAAAUAAAAACAGACAAUUUUAUGAUCUAGAACAUUAUUAAGCAGGAGCUACAACCCUCUACAAUGUAAAUCACUUGCAUAUGUGACCAAAUUUCAUUCUAGGCAACCAAAAAAUGUCUUUAAUUAGCCAAAUGCUAUAAAUUGUACAAUUUCAGACACCUGUGAUUGUGUAGCGAAUUAACUCAAAGGGGAAAUAUUAAUAAUUAUUCAUAAGUCGUUAUGAUUAUUAAUUAUGAUAAAUUAUGAAUAUGUGAAUCAGUUAAUCAGAUUAACUUGAUGUAGCUACAUUAGGAUUAAUAUUACAAUCAAUUAACCUGUUCGUCCAGGCAACACUCAGUGUUAAUUGUUUAUUAAUUCUAAGAAAUUUCCAGGUUAUGGAAAAACAACAUUCUUACUGUACCGUACUACUCAAAGCAUGUAGUCAGGAUCUAAAUCACUUAAGAGGCAAUUUAUUAGCAGACAGAGUCAGAACCAAACAUGUGUUGUGCACAAUCUUUAUUAACUAACUCACAAACACAUAACUAAACUAACAAACACAUAACAUGCACGCAGGUCACACACAUACGUAGGUAAGAAUGAGCAAUGAUAGAGUUGAACCGGAAGGGGAACCGUUAAUGGAGCUAUAGGAAAAAGUCAAAGACAAUAUGGAAAAGAAUCUCAGUUUCCUCAGCAAUAAAACACCUUUUCUGACAUAGGUGGUUUACAAAUUAUUACUAAAUCGCUGUUUAGUGUUCAAAUGUACGAUACUUGCAAGAUGCCUUUAGGCUGAGGAGCAUCAGAUCUGCAGGCUGAAGAGAAAUAUUGAUGAUUCGGUCCGAAGUUGUUGCCAUCUUUUGCGUUGGAUGAAGUGCUAUGAAACAGCUUAAGCUGUUAAUUUGACUCUUAGUGGGGAAAGAGUUCUUUCUCUCUCUCAUAGAUGAGCACAUGGCUGGGUUGUAGGCCGAGGCCUACAGGCCUUGCAGGUCCACAGGCCUUGGCCUGAAGAGGCCUGCAGCAACAAGGGGUCUCUUCAGUCAUCCAAGAAGCAAUAAAAAGAAAGCACUGGCUUUUAACCUCUGGUCAAAGUCACACCUCUUAGGGUUGACCGGACCAAUGAAGAUGUUGUAUUUCCGGGCAACAACACGCCUCCUGUCAGGGCUUUUAUGACCGAGCAAGAUUAACUGGCUGAGUUUUUGAAGAAGAACUAUUAAAGAUUCUUGUAAUACUGAUGUGUUGCGCAGGUAUGGACAUACCUCAACCAAAAGUUCUCAACCAAAAUAUGUCUGAAAUAAUUUA